UGAAGUAUCAAAAUGAAAAGAUAAAAAUUUAAUCCAAGUCCUUAUAUUUGUGCAGAUACAUUUUUAAACAGAAUUUAUUUAUAUAAAAGAAAGUCAAAAAUGGAUAUGCACAUAGGAGCACUCAUACAAAUUACAACAAUCAAUGAUGAAGUUUAUGAAGGUGUUGUUCAAACCAUUUCAAUUGAUGAAAAAAAAAUUAUCAUUAAAAAAGCUAAAAAUUGCAAUACUGGAGAAGUCUAUGAAAGAGAAGUACACCUAUUUGGUGAUCAAAUUACUGAUUUAAAAAUUAUUCAAAAUCCUGCAGAAAAAGAAAAAAAAGCUGAGGGGAAAAAGCAACCAUCAAAAUUGUCAAAUCUUUCUAAUGAAUUUAAUAAUAUAAAAGUGGAGCAAACCUUGUCAAGUAUAAAUCAGACAGAUAUUUCUCAAAAAAAAGAUGUCUUACUUGACACAAGUGAUAAUGGAUCUUCGCUUACUCAGAUUAAUCAUAUCAAUCCAUCUGCUUAUCUCAGCGGUUUUGAAAAAGUACAAAAAGCCAAGCUCACAGAACCACCAUUGGCUGUACUUCUUAAUUCUCUAAAUAAUGAAUUUAAUGCAGUGAUGACAAAGUUGAACAAUCAAAAGGUUUUAUCGAUUAUUGCAGAAGGGCAAGCUGUAAACCGUUUUGGGCAUAUUUCUUUACUAACUGUGGCCAGCAGAGAAAUGGUUUAUAUAAUAGACUUAGAAGCAUUUGAUGGUUUUCCUAACUCCUUAAAAGAUCUAAUUGAGAAUGCUAAUGUUUUAAAGGUUGUUCACGAUGUACGCAUGACAAGUGACUGCCUUUAUCAUAUUUAUGGCAUUUGUCCAAAAAAUAUAUUUGAUACUCAGGUAGCUGAUGCAUUUAUAAAAAGACAAAUGUUUGGUGAGUUUCCUGAUGAAGUAACAUCACUUGCAAAAUGUGUAGAAACUUAUCUUGGUAUUUGUCCUUGUACAUUUGAAACUGAUAAAUCAAGUAUAAUACAGAAAACAAGAAAUAUUUGGGAAAAAAGACCACUUCAUAAAGAUUUUUUAUCUGUUUGCGCCGAAGCAUGUAUGUACUUAAGAGAACUUCGGCCUAUUAUGAUGGAAAAGUUAUUAAUUGAAUUCUUAUAUGGAGUCGAUAUAUAUCUGGAUGUUGCAAGGAACAUGAGUGAUAAUCAAAUUAAAUUGGUUAACUCAAAGAAAUUACCUCGUGAGUUCUCUCAUAUUUCAUAUUUAAAACAGAAUCGCUCCAAACGGUUUGUAAAGCAUAGUAAACAGCAUUAUAAGGAUAAAACCUCUGAUACUCCUGCAGAAAAUGUAAGAAGCGGUUGGGAUGACGGCGUAAACUUUCAUGAUAAGUACCAAGAAAAGCAUGGUUCAAUUGUGGAAUGCUUAGACAACACAAGUUCUCCCUUAAUUGAUCCAACUAAGCCAGUGUUAAAACGGAAAGACGAAGAAAACAGUCCUAAAGAAACUGCGCGUAUACUCGAUGCGACUAGAAAUUUUUAUGAUAAAGAUGAAAACGAAAGAUUCAAUAUUGGAGUUAACAGUUCCGUUCAUCAGACUUUUAGUAAUGGUAAUUUUGAGGAUUUAUCUGUUUUUCAAUUCUCGAAAUAUAACCAAGUAAAUUUAAAUGCAUUGGAUGAUAAUACGAUGUCAUCAACCUCUGAUUCAAAUGACGAUUUUUUCUCUUCAAAAGUAGGAAAGCCUUUAAGUAAAAGGCAUACCCAUACAUUGACGAAUUCUGGAAAAACUAUGUUGCGUAAUUUAUUACGACCUGUUAAGAAUGAAAAUUCUAACCCUAAAGAGUUUCAACAACACGCAACAAAUUCGAAUAAAAAUGGUUCAUUUAAAAAUCAUACUGAAAAAACGAUGUCAUCUAGUAAAAACAUAAGUUCGACGUAUAAUAAUACUGCUUCAUUUAAGAAUGAAGAAAUAAAAACUCCGAUUGUAAAAAAAUCUUUCGGGCGCGGGCAAUAUUUAGCCUUAAUGUCAGAAUUAUUUGAGAAAAAUCCGUCAAGAAAUGAACCCAAAACAUUUGGCGAAAUGGGAGUAUUUGAGUUUCCUUCUGAUGAUGAACUGCUAGACACGCCUCAUGUUGCACCUAUGGUUGCUAGUUUGCCAGCUUUGUCUAAAAGUGUAAGUGUGCUAAAAAAAUGAUAUCAACCCACAAAAAUACAGCAUAAAUUAUUUAUUUGUUUUGAAAUUACUAAUGUUACAUCGUAAUACUUAUUUAAUAAUAUAAAUUAUUCUAAGUUUGCCUAAUAUUUAAACGAUUAGACGGAUAAACGCAUAAAAGAUCCAACUUUGAAAAUUUUGAGGUGAUUGAGAAAAUACAACCUUAGUAGAAAAUCUGUUGUUAGUAGUUAAGAAAUAUAUAAAAAAAAAAAGAAUUAUUAACCGUCUAUAUAAAUUAAAAAAAAAAAGACGCUUUCCAGUUGGAUUUUUAUACUCCGACCAUUUUUUAAACAGCUGCAUCAGUAUAACAUCGCAGUAAUUGAUAAUAAAAGUUUAUGUUUAAAAUAUGUAACUUCACCUAAUACAAUUGAAAGAUUUUCAUCUGAAUUUUUUUUUGUAUUUAUCCGUUUUAUAUUUCUUAACGAUGAUUUGUUUUUUUGUUUUUUUGUUAAAUUUUUCUAAGAUCACAGAAAAUUAGUAACACUAUAAAAACAAAAAAUAGAAUU